GCGGCCGCCGCCGCAGCCCUCAGCCCGCCGUCGCCGCCGUCGCCUCCGCCGGGUUGCGCCUCCGACUGUCAGCUAAAGCUGCGGACGGAGCCCGCGGGGCGGCGACCACGUCCCGGGCCGGACAUGGCGGCGCUCUACGCCUGCACCAAGUGCCACCAGCGCUUUCCCUUCGAGGCGCUGUCUCAGGGGCAGCAGCUGUGCAAGGAAUGUCGGAUUGCACACCCUGUUGUGAAGUGCACCUACUGUAGGACUGAAUACCAGCAGGAGAGUAAAACCAGUACAAUAUGCAAGAAAUGUGCUCAGAAUGUGCAGUUGUAUGGAACGCCCAAACCAUGUCAGUAUUGCAAUAUAAUCGCAGCAUUUAUUGGUAACAAAUGCCAGCGCUGCACAAAUUCAGAGAAGAAGUAUGGACCACCAUAUUCUUGUGAACAGUGCAAGCAGCAGUGUGCAUUUGACAGGAAAGAUGACAGAAAGAAGGUAGAUGGGAAAUUGCUGUGCUGGCUGUGCACACUUUCAUACAAACGGGUCCUUCAGAAGACCAAAGAGCAGAGGAAGCAUCUAAGCAGCUCUUCCCGUGCCAGCCACCAGGAGAAGGAGCAGUACAGUCGCUUGAGUAGUGGCAGCCAUUAUAACAGCCAGAAAACACUUUCUACGUCUUCAAUUCAAAAUGAAAUCCCAAAGAAAAAGUCCAAGUUUGAGUCAAUCACAACCAAUGGAGACAGCUUUUCCCCAGACCUGGCUCUGGACUCACCAGGCACUGACCACUUUGUCAUCAUUGCCCAACUGAAGGAAGAAGUGGCCACUCUAAAGAAGAUGCUGCAUCAAAAAGAUCAGAUGAUUUUAGAGAAAGAGAAGAAGAUCACAGAGUUGAAGGCUGAUUUUCAAUACCAAGAAUCUCAGAUGAGAGCCAAAAUGAACCAAAUGGAGAAAACCCACAAAGAAGUCACAGAACAAUUGCAGGCAAAAAACAGGGAGCUUCUGAAGCAAGCAGCUGCCUUGUCCAAGAGCAAGAAGUUGGAGAAGUCAGGAGCUAUAACCUCUCCGUGAGAGACCACCAGGAGGUUCCCCAGCAACAGCAAAUGGGUUCCUGAGUUAGGGUUGGCAACUUAGGAACUCCAAGUGUUCUUCAGAAAUCUGUUUUAUUACAGUUAGCCUUUGUGUGAUUGCAGUGGCUGAAUGGAAACACCUGGUUUUCACUGUGUUAUGACUGCAUGCUUGAAUGUUUGGAGUUUCAGGCUCUUUUUCUCUCACUCUCACACUCCCAAUCCUCUCUCCUCCCUUUCCCUCACUUUCUCACAGUGCUACUAGCUCUGUCUCUUUCUACUAUUUUCUCCUUC